UAACAGGUGUCCUCCCCGCGGUUACAAGACUUAUUUAAUUUCGUUGCAGUAAUUUUUGUAGGUCGAAAAUUGUAUUAAGCUAGAAGGCGUUCGAGCAGUCGUCAUGCGGCAGCUUUUUGGCAAAAUCUUCUUCGCGGGCCUCAUCACUUCGAUGACGUGUCUUGGACUCGUUUGGGCAUCGAUUCCUGACAGCGUCAACUUGGCUCCACGCGCGGCUGGUCCGCUGGACUGUGGACGCGGAAAAUCCCGGACCCCGAUAUCUGUGAGCUUCAGGACUCUGGUGGUGCCGGGGCGGAAAUCUGUUGUGACUUACCGUCGUCACUCACUCACCGCGGAUUUAUUGACCUCCGCCGUCAAUAGGACCCUACUGCUGUCAGCGAAGGAUGUGGUAGAGUGCGCGAGAAAGUCGGCCUUAGCAGAUAUGGCUGCAUUUUCAUUCGAAGGAAACUGCACGGCUUUCACAUUCCGAGAGAAAUUAUGUAACUGUCUUUGGGGGGCCAAAGUCAUUUACUUGACGGACUCCUCUAUCACACCUCCUAAAUUCGUGAACUCGAGUGCUGCUCCGUACAUCAACACUACUUUGGGAGGUGUCUCAGCCAAACAGUACAAUCUGUUGGGCUUCCUUCUGGAAGAAGUGUCGAACAACAAUGUGUUUCAACUUAAAGAUGAAAAUGAGGCCGUAGAUUUUGUGGCAGACUCUCAUGCAUACAUUGUACCCCAUGAAGACGGCGGCUACACGGGAGUCUACUUCUUUUAUUUCGACUUGGACUCUUGCCUCAUCGACAUCUCGUGCGGGCGGCACGUUCUCCUUGUGGCAAAAUAUGACUCCGUCGUUCAUCACGUGUUAACAGAAUGCGGGAAGAUCAUCCAAGUCCCUGCUGAUCUCUCAUCGGCCCUAGUCCUUUACUCGCAUCCUGGCGUGGGCUGCAGGCCUUUCCCCGACGGCCCGCAUUACAACUGCACCGUAACGUUAACUUCAGUUAAAACGAUGAGCAUCUCCUUUGAGAACGUUGACUUCAUGGGCGCUACCGGGACCUGCGACGGCUAUACGUUGAGCGUGAGGCACAAUCCUAAUGGCGCUCCAAUAGAGAAGAAGUUAUGCCUCGAAGAUUUCUCGGGUGGAGACGGUGAUGACAUUGCAGUCACUUUGAGUGGCACUGCGACGAACAAAACAGCCAAAUUGGGGUUUUUAUUCAGGAUUUGGAUUGCUUAGUGGUUGGGCCGCUGUGUUCCAGUGGCAACCAUCUGGCGAUGGUGUGUCCCAGGGGCAACCACGCCUCUGACGGUGGUGUGUUCCAGUGGCAACCUACGUUCAAGUGGCUACCCAAUUUCAAGUUCUGACAGGAAUUAGUUGAAAAAAUUAUAAGCAAACUUGUUUGUUGAUUGAUUUCAAUAAAGCCAAA